UCUGGCAACCCUGCAGCUGCGUUAUGUAGUGAGUCAACACUGGACGGAAAUAUAGGGAAACUGUACUAGGACAUAAAAACACAUGGAUUGAAAUGACAUUAUUAUGACAUUUCUGUCCCGACGCUGUUUGGAUCAGUCUAAUAUCUGAAACCCUUCCCAGAAGAAACACUUGGGGUCUAAUUUUAUCGGACUAUAUCAUGUUGGCACCUGUUAGGACUGUGAGCACUGAGAGUGGGACUUGUCCUCUGCUGACUGUUCAGCCCAAUCGAGCACUGGUGGACGAGAAAUUUCAGAUUGUCAUAAUGAAUUUACUGCCAAAUCAAAAGGUGACGCUACACUCUCUACAUCAAUCAGAGGACAAGGACUUCUGGGAGGCAUUUGGACACUACAUCAGUGAUGAAUACGGGACAGUGACAGUGGCCAAAGAUGAAAGUUUGGGAGGCACCUAUGAAGGCACAGAGCAGAUGGGGUUGCUAUGGAGCAUGAGGCCCAUACCGGGAAGUCGACCUGGACUCAGGCUGCGUAAGACGAAUAUACUCACACCAAUGGUAAUUCACAUCUCAGUAUAUGGUGGGCAUCUAUCUCAAGGAUUCAGCCAGCAAACACCCCUGGCAACCAGUACCAUAGAGCGCUGGUAUGUUGCGCCAGGCGUGCAGAGGGUGAACAUCAGGGAGAAUGGAGUACGAGGAACUUUAUUUCUUCCUCCAGGUCCUGGGCCGUACCCAGGAGUGCUGGACCUGUGGGGAGGAGGUGGUGGUUUGGUUGAGUAUCGUUCUGCCCUGCUUGCAUCUCAUGGCUUUGCAUCCAUGGCACUUGAGUACCUCGCUCCAGAAGAGCUGAGAACAGCUGAUGUUGAUGUGUCAUACUUUGAGAAAGCAUACCAGAUCCUGCAGAAUCAUCCAAAGGUACAGAGGGACCGUAUGGCAAUGCUUGGGCUGUCUUUUGGAAGUGCUGUCACACUCAGUAUGGCAGCCUUCUCCAAAGUCAUCAAGCCCCAGUGCUGUGUGUGUAUCAGUGGAAGUCAUGUGUUUCCUGUUGAUAAAUCCCUCUUUGAAGUAUUUGAGGAAAUGAAAAAGUAUAUAGAUAGGGUACGUGUGAAUGAGGAGAACCAGGUAAUACACAGAGACAUUAUCUUGCCAAUUCCCUCAGACCCAGCUCUCAAAGUGGAUGUUGGGAGAAUAAAGUGUCCUCUUCUGUUGGUGAACGCUGGUGAUGAUCAGAACUGGGCUUCUGUUGAAUCUGCUGAAGAUAUGGAGAUGAUGAUGGAGAAAGCAGGAAAUCGACACCUGUUGACGGUCCUGACGUAUCCUGGCGCAGGUCAUCUGAUUGAACCUCCAUACUCGCCUCACUUCCGAGCAUCUAACUUCAUCCUGCAGGAAAUGAAGGAGAAGAUUGUCAUGCUGUGGGGUGGACAGACGAAACCACACGCAUACGCACAGGAGAACGCAUGGGAGAAGAUUUUAGCAUUUCUGCGGCAGCACCUCUACUUCAGUUCAAACUUUGCAGUAAAAGCCAAACUGUAGUUCUGUCAUCUACAACAAUUACACUUUAUUUCAAAUAUUGCUGAUAAUGAUUGCCAGCACUUCUUACUUUUCACUUUGGUAUCUGUAGAAAAUAAAAGUGGACAUUAUUUUUUUUAAUACUUUUGUAGUAUAAGUUACACAUAAAUGCAUUAUUAAGGUUUGUAAUGAUGUAUAUAGGUUAUGAUGACAAUAACUUAAGGCAUUACAAGCACAGUUUAGGUUGUGUUGGGCAAUAUUUCUUGAUACACUAAAUACAAUAUUUGGGCAACAUUUCUGGAUAUACUUCAGUUUGUACCCACAAUCCAUUUCUAAGAAUGUGUUAGAAAUGCAAAGUUGAAAUGAGAUUAAUCCAUUAUCUAAUUUAAUUAUGUUUAAAAUGUGUUUUGAUAAAACAAUUAAUUUUUAUUUUCUAAAGCGAAUAUCAUGCUUAUUAUAUAAUUAUGAUCAUAUUUUGAACAGAAUUGAUGCAAAAGCCACCAGAUUCCAGAUUUUAAAAUAUUUGGGUAUGUAGGAAUGUAAUAAGUUUGCCAAGUUCAAUGUCAUGUUUUUAAAUUCACAGA